UGUAUGUGGAGUCGGGGAGUUGUCAGAGUGCAGAGGCAAGGAGCGAGCGAGACAGAGAGAGAUAGAGAGGGAGAGGGAGAGAGAUAGAUAGAGAGAGAGAGGGAGAGAGAGAGAGUGUGAGUUAGAAAGGGAGAGAGAGAGAGGGAGGGAGCGUUCUCUCCCGGUGCACUUGGCAGUUAGUUGCGGGCUGCUGUGCUGUUGCUGUCGUGGCGGUGUGGCUAGUCGCGGGGAACUUUAGCACACUGGAGCCCGAAGUCCCACUCUCUCACCUGCGCAGUUUGGAGCUGCCAUGGGUCUCGCGCCUGGAUUUACAAUCUUAAUCAUUCUGCCGGCCUUUCUUCACACGAGCGGCCUGUAUAUCGCCAGUAGCGUAGACUCCCUGCAGCAUGUCCUGGGGGAGUAUGGACUGGUGAGGCCCGUGAGCGUGGACGCAGACGGCCACUUCUUGUCCCACGCUGUGUCAGCCGGCCUGGUGGGUGCGGGGCAGUCCCGUAGGCGCUGGAGGAGAGAGGCUGGAGAGAACGGGGGAGAAGGAGAAAGAGGUGAAGAAAAAGAGGGAAUGUACGAGGAGGAGGACGGUGGGCCCCGACAUAGACAGCUUUAUUACAACGUCACCGUCUUCGGCCGGGAGUUCCACCUGCGUCUGCGUCACAACGCGCGGCUGGUGGCCCCCGGAGCCAAGAUGGAGUGGCAUGACGAUGACGACAGCAACGGGACAGCCACGCGCUCCGAGCCACUGCAGGGAGACUGUUUAUAUGUGGGUGAUGUCACAGACACGCCCGGAACCACCGUCGCCAUCAGCAACUGUGACGGCCUGGCUGGUAUGAUCAGGAUGGAAGAGGAGGAGUUCUUCAUCGAGCCGGUGGAGAGGGGGAAUGGAGUGAUGGGGGAGGAGGAGGGAGGAGGAGGGCGUCAACACAUCGUCUACCGCUCUUCCUCCGUGAAGAAGAUGCCAGUCAGUGGCCCCGCUGCAGGCUACCACUCUAGAGGUCUGUGAUUGGUUUACCUACUUCCUGCUUACCAACGUGGCAUAUGACAUACUUCACCACAGACUAGCAAUCCAAACCUGUGAUCGCACAGUACAUGGUUGUGUGUUCAUGUGUGCAUUCAUGUGUGGGAAUGACAGACUGGUAUAACACCCCAAUUUCAUGUUGGGGUGUUAGGUGAUGUUGUGAAUGUGAGAUUCACCAGCACCUUGUUAUCAACAUCUGUGUUCUAAUAGCAGUUUAUUCAACAGGGUCUAUUUCUGCUAUUCACUGUAAUGUAAGAUGAUGAGACUGCAAUUAUUUAAGACUUUUAUCCGUGAGAUGGAAGUCCUGGACAUUAUAUCAUCAUCGAUUUGGCACCUAGAGGUGCAUCAAUAAUGUAGAGAGAGAGAGAGAUAGAGAGAGCGAGAACGAGAGAGAGACAGAGAGGUACAGAUAGAGACACAGACAGAGAGAGACAGAGA